AUGUUAUGCGGGAAAAGUACAGUUAAAAACAAGCGUGGAUCGGUCGAUGUGCACCUGAAUGUAUACGAUCUUUACUCCGUCAAUGGCUAUGCUUACUGGCUGGGACUCGGGGCCUACCAUUCAGGUGUUCAAGUUCACGGCGUGGAGUAUGCGUUCGGAGCUCACGAGUAUCCCACGAGCGGGAUUUUUGAAGGGGAGCCGAAAAUUUGUGAUGGGUUCACCUUUAGAAAAUCAAUUUUGAUAGGGUGGACUGAUAUGAGUCCUGAGGAGGUGAGGGGAGUUAUGGAGGAGCUUGGGGAGAAAUACAGGGGAAAUGCUUACAAUCUAAUCACCAAAAACUGCAACCAUUUUUGCAACGAUGCCUGCAUGAAGCUAACCGGGAAUCCAAUCCCUAAUUGGGUUAAUCGUCUUGCCAGAAUCGGUUCACUGUGCCACUGCAUAAUACCGGUCAGCUUGAACUCAACCAAGGUUGGGCACCACAAGAUUGAGGAGAAAGAAGCUGAGAAGAAAAGGCUAACAGGCUGCUCGCCUAACAGGUUAUCCAAUUCGCCUUCGACUAGUUCAACUUUGUCUUCGUCAUCAUCUUCUCCACCAUCGGAGGCAAGCAUCGGCACUCAAAGCCGAAGCCCUUUGCCUUUGUAA